GGCACGUGAUGCGCCCCGCCCCCGGCACGUGACUGGGAAGGCGGCGUCCCGCGAGGGACAAAACGCCGCGUGGCGGCGGGGCCACUCCGCGCCUCACGUCGCUUCCGCCUAUGGGAGGGAGGAGGUAUGGCGGAAGCGGAGGAGCGGGCGCUCGCCUCGCCGCAGAGCGAGGGGCGAAGCGGGGCCGGGGAAGAGGCCCCGGAAAGAACCCCGGAGAGCGGAGCGGCUUUGGGCGUCGGAGAGCCGGCCGCCUCCCCUGCCGGUUCGCCGAGCAACGAGGAGCCCGCCAGUGACUCCAAGAAAAAAAUUGACGUCCUGCUGAAGGCCGUGGGUGACACCCCCAUUAUGAAGACCAAGAAGUGGGCUGUGGAGCGCACCCGGACCAUCCAGGGCCUGUGUGACUUCAUCAAGAAAUUCCUGAAGCUGAUGGCAUCUGAGCAGCUGUUUAUAUAUGUAAACCAAUCCUUUGCUCCAUCUCCAGACCAGGAAGUUGGGACCCUCUAUGAGUGUUUUGGAAGUGAUGGCAAGCUUGUACUACAUUAUUGCAAAACCCAGGCAUGGGGAUGAAUCACAAGAAUAGAGUUGCUUAGGUGUGAUUUUCAAAAUGAAUGGACUGACUUUCUGGAACCCAGCACAGAGAAGAAAGAAUUUGGGGAUUUCUGCUUGACUUUACACUUAGAAAAAGUGAUGCAGUUGAAUAGGGUGAAGGAAGAGCUACUGAGGCUGUCCAAUUGCAUAGCUUUUCACUAAUGUUCAUUUUGGGUCCAGGGGAAAAACAAAACAAAACAAAAAAACACCGCAUGUGCUAUCUGUAGAAUAGAGCCAGCUGUUCUGCUGCUGAGCUCCCAGUUACUGCAAAUGAAGGGAAGCUUCUUCAUGAUUGUCUUGAGGACUGGGCAGUACUGUCUCUGUAUAUGCUGUAUGGAACAAAGGAGUUCCUUUUUAUUAAAAGCAAUGUGAGUUGCACACCUCCUGGGAUUCAGCUUGCUCUGGACAUGUGCAUCUGUUGUAUGUAUUCUCUACUUUUUGAAGUCUUCAUCUCGAGCAUGUGUUAUCACAAAUUUAAUUUCAAGAUUUUUUUUUCUGAAAAUUGAUAUGCAGAUACUCAACCUGUGCUGUCUUCACAUUGGCAGUGUAUGUAUCUUAUUUAAACAACACUGCAUAUUGAAAUGCCAUAGAAAUACUUCCUCCUGUGAAGCUGUGUAUUACUACGUAGGAGGCUGAACAGUUGAGUGAUUGCUGGUCUCUUUUGCCACUAUUUAACUACUAGCAAAAGCAGUUUGCAUGAUAUGAGGUGCUUAGUCUACUCAGUCUGUGCCCCUUAUGGCAUUCUUGUUUUUCUGCUUCACUGGUAGCGUGUUCAGGCAGCAAAACAUAAUUUGGUUUAUAUCCUAGUACUAUGUAUUGUAAUGAGGAUUUUAUUUUUUUUUUAAAUCCUUGUGUGGACUUGGUACUUUGACUGGAGUGCUAAGCUUUUAUUUAUUGGAGGGUUAGGGGUGGUGUGGUGGUUUGUGUGGGCUUUACUAUUUUUGUUGUUUGUUUUUUGACAGUGGAGAUGAGAGGAUAAUUUUGUUUCUGCUUGUUCAUUUUAGAUUUGUCUGUAGUACCAUCACUUAUGCUUGUUUAAGCUGUAUUAAAGUAAAUGUUAGUUGACUGCUUGCAUGGUGUUACACCAGAUGGCAGUCUUGGUCCCUGAUACAAUCCACUUCUUCAGUUCAAUCACAACAGUUUCUUCCAGUUAAAAGCAUGCUUGUGGAAUAGCCCCAAUCAUUUGUUGCUGUCUCAUGCGAUUUCUGUGUCUCCUGUAAGUGGUGUAAUCAACGUAUCAAAUUGUAUCUGUCUUUCUAGAACUUCUGAAGAACCAAUGCUCAGUUCAUCUACUGACCUGCUGCAAUUUCUAUGCAGCCAAACGCUUGGGGUGUAAUCCCUGAAUGUGUUGUACAUGUUAUGAGAAUGAUCACUUUUUUUUGGUAGAAAAUUUAGGUAACAGUGUUGCAUUCAGUUAACAAGGCAGAAUUGUUUGCAAACUUAAACGCUUCAAAUGAUUUGUAACUUUCACUGUUCAGAACCUUGAUCUUCUGGAUCUUUGUUGAUGUAACAGGGCUAAUGUAGCAGCAGGUGCUAAUUCCCUCCCUGCUGGUGAAGAAACUGCCUGCUGGUUACUGUAAGACAGAGUAACCUUGCAUAGCCACUAGAGGGUACACAAGGACAAAGAUUCUUGCAUAAUAUUUUCUGCUGGAUUUUUUCCCUGUCUUUUUCAUAAUAUGUCCACUUUGCACACGCUGUAAAUGUACACAGUUUGCUCUCCUGUGUGGCAGUGUGUUUGCCCAAGAUAAGCUGAUAGUCUGUUUGUUCUGUUGGUGCCUUUCACCUCAUUUGAUCUUAACCAAUGGAACAGUUGAUGUGGUGCAAAUAUGCUUUUCAGGAAUGAUGCAAGAAUUUGCGUUGUUUUUAGGUUUGUUUUUAAAAAAAGAAAAUAAAACCCCACUAGGGUCUUUAGGUGAAGGCAGACUAUAGUUUGUCAUAUCUUUACAGCUAAUGAGAGAAGUCGUCUAUUCUUCAUGUUGAAUCCAAGGUAAAUUUUAUCCCCUGGUUUAUUUGUGCAUACUAGCCCUGCCCCUUUAGUGGCAGUAGUCCAUUAAAGUAAAACCCUCAUAAAAAGA